AUGGUCGAUCAAAAAGAUGCCUAUUUCAGUAGCUUCACAAUGAUUAAAGACAUUUCAAGGAAAAGCACAAAAACCAUUAUUUGAAUUGUACAAUUUAAGCAUUACCAGGAAAAUUUAGGCUUCCCUAGAACUGCAGUGAUGAAGAGAUACAAUGAGGCAUCAAAUAGACGUAUUGAAAAAGAAGCCUUAAUCCUAGAAUACGUCGGGAGGCUACACAAUAAUAUUGUAAAAAUUUACCAUCACAUGAUAAUUGGAGGCAAAUUUACAAUUUUCAUGGAAACCUGCAGCAAAGACAGCAUUGCCUACAUGAUAUUACAAAAUAAUGGAAGAGAAGUCUGAAAUAAAAGCCAACUUAUAAAGAAUUUUAUCACGGUUUCAGAAGUUUUAGCUUACCUUCAUCUAAUCAAUAUUGUCCAUAGAGACAUCAAGCCUGACAACAUAUUUGUGUGCGAAGAUGAUGAAUGGAAGAUCGGCGAUUUUGGAGGAGCAAAAAAACUUAUUAAAUGCAAUGAGCCUAAUACAGUUGCAGGGACAGAACUUUAUAUGUCCCCAUUUUUAAUAGAAAAGUACAACCUCAAAAUCCCUAAGAGCGAUGAUAUUGAUCCAAAGAAAGAAGAUGUGUACUCACUGGGCAAAACUUUUUAUGAAAUCGCCAGUAUGAGCCUAUAUGAGAAAUUUCCACAAAAUGAGACACAAAGCAAAAAACAAGUACGUCGUGGCAUGUUAGGGCACAGUAAAGAGCUGAUAAGCAUUGUUUUAAGCAUGCUAGCACACAAUCCUAUUAAAAGGCCUUCUAUGAAAGAAGUUUGAGAAAGACUGAGAGAGCUCCAGGAAGCUUUUGCAAAAUUAGAAUACUCAGAAAUCCAGGAUGCAAUGCCAGUUGAAGAAGAAAAAAGCUCAGCUCGAGAAGCUAACAUGAUUAUAAAUGUUAAUUCAAUCCUUCAAAGUACAAUAGAAGGAAGAAGGCCAGCAAUGAGAAUUUCUGACUAUUAUGCCUCAUCUUCGUCAGCCCAUGAAACAGAAACUGUUCAUGAUUUUUCUGGCAACUUUACUUUGGAAGAAUUCAAUGAUUAUUUUUCUAAUGGGAUGGAUGUAGAGGAGAACUCUGGUCAGGCUGAAAGAUUAAAUGGAGAAACCUUGGUUUUGAAUGGGCUAGAAAAUCUAGGAAUCAGUCAAAGCUAUUUGCAUAAUGGAAAAGUAAGAUGCAGCUGUGGGCUUGAGGUUGAGUGGGAGGAAUUUGAAUCAUAUUUUACGACAUGUUUGUCUUUUGAGCAAAAUGCUACAGAUAUUUGCUGCAACCAUUGUGGAAAUAGAUACCCUCAAGAACUGAUUCAGAAAAUUACACAAUAA